GUUGCAAACGCCCAACGCAACCACGGUUAACAACGGCCAACGACCACAGCUCAACUGACGGUUUUCUUGCGCAUUGGGGCCACCAGACCAUCUGAAGCACGACUUCGGAUGGAAAGGAACUGGACAAGCACCAUUGUGACCGUACGAUCUUGCCAUACCGUGAUCCCUCGGUCGUAACGUCAUAACCGACUGCGCGUGGAAAAACCGGGGUCUCAAUCUCCCAUUUAAAGUUCACAGUUCCCCGCGAUUCUCGAGGCCCGGGUCUUUGUCCCGGUCACCCCACUCACAGAAGAACAGCUUCAACAACUGCGUACCGAGGCUUCGUCACUUCCUUCACCGUCGAACUUCAAGCACAUAAGACAGAUAUAUCGAGCAGCAAUGGGCCGCCCUCCGGCCUACCUUUUCGUGGUCAGGCAUGGCUAUCGACUCGACGCUGCCGACAAGCAGUGGCAUCUCUCAUCGCCAACACCUUACGACCCUCCACUGACAUACAGCGGCUGGCAGCAAGCAAAGAGCUUGGGUGUGCGAAUCGCGUCCAUAAUACGGGAGAGAAUCCAGGAGGAGGAACGCGUCUCCAGCCAAUGUGCAGAUCCAUCUAUGAAACCGAAGCGCAAGAGAUACGAAGUGGUACUCCACAGCUCGCCAUUCCUGCGAUGCAUUCAAACGUCUAUCGCCAUCAGUGCAGGUCUUGCUCAGGACUCCACUCCUUUCGAAACAAAGAGCCCCGAGCUCGCUUCAUCUUCACCAGCACCUACCUCCGGUGCCCCAUCUAGACCAACUCUCGUCACGAAUCUGCGCGAUAGGGGCACAACCGAUCCCUCCGUGAAGAUCCGGAAAUCCGUACUGCGCCUGGACGCCUUCCUCGGAGAGUGGCUAUCGCCAAGUUACUUUGAGUUGAUCACCCCGCCGCCUGAGUCUGUCAUGAUGCUUGCUAGCGCCAAGGCAGACCUCCUCCGGCGAGAAGACUACACCCAUUAUCCCAGUUUCGUAUCGCACACACACUCUAACUCUCAGGGACAGCUUUGGAGCCCCACAGUCCGGACAAGCUCACCUUCCCCGCGCAAAGAGAGCCAGUUCAAUGGGUCGGGGCUCAUGGGAGGUUUUAGCGGGGAUGGACAGGCUGUCCAGAACCCGCCCGCGUCACCAGCGACGCCUGGUUACGUAUCACCUGUUCCUCACUAUGCCAUUGGCAACAACAACACCAUCCCGCCGGGGUAUGUUUCGCACGCUCGAGACGCCUGUGUCGCGGUCGACUAUCAGUGGGACUCCACACGAAGCUCGCUGGACUGGGGGGACGGUGGUACAUUCCCCGAGGAAUGGCCAGCCAUGCACAAGCGGUUCCGCGCUGGUGUGCAGAGUCUAGUGGACUGGUAUUCAACGGCAGAGAAUCCAACGCGACCGGUUACCAAGACUGUUACGAGGGAGCCCGCAGAUAGCGCCACGGAUGGCGAUGAUGAUGUGGAGGUCGAAGCUGUCGUCAUCCUCGUCUCCCAUGGAGCUGGUUGCAACGCUUUGAUCGGAGCCAUUACCCAUCAACCCGUCCUCAUGGACGUGGGCAUGGCUUCUCUGACAAUGGCUGUGCACAAACCGAGCAAAGAUACCUCGGGCAUCGGCAGGUGGCCCGAUCCACGUUCCUCAGACAAGUUGAGGGAUACGCCGCCUAUUCACGAGCUCUACGAUCUUGAGCUGUUCGCUAACACAGAUCACCUCCGGUCUCCCACAGAGACUCCAACUUCGUCGCGGCCUCCAUCCUUAUCAGGCGCAUUGCAUGCUGCCCGCAGCCGUCACUCAUCAUUCUCCACUUCGAUGGACAGCUUUUCGUGGAAUGACGGCCCCGGGAGCAGGACCUCGUCGGCAAAUAUCGCGCUGAGCAAUCUUAGGAAGAGCUCCAAUAAUGGUGCGACAGUCCCUCGUCUCUCGUUUGCGGUCAGCACCGGCGGUAUCACGGUUGGAAGUGGGGUGACAUCGUUUACGUCGACAAGACCUUCGAACCUUGGGCGCACUGGGCUUUGGUCACCGAUCUCGAAGCAAUUGGAAGAUGAGGAGGACGAUAUGAUGCUCUUAAACUUUGGUAACGACUCCAAGGCGGCUUCGACGAGUGGUCCAAAGGCCUCUUUGGUCCAGAAUCCUCCUGCCAGCGCCAAUGGUGAUGGCGCGCUCGACGGCGCGGCGGAUUCGAAAGAGCGGUCUCCGAGGCCUGACUCGGAACGGCUUGGCUCUGGGUCCAGCGGUCUCUGGGGCACUCCCAGACCGCCUGACGAGGCGGAUCGUCUUCGAGAUUUGAGCAGCCACAAGCGGCGGUGGACCGUCACCGAGCGGAGCUAGGAGCAUUCUCUCCUUGAUAAUCCGCCGCCGCCGUCUUCGGCUGUGUCGCGACGACCUUUUUAUUGGCUUGAUUCAAGCAUCGUGGAUAAUGACAUUUUGCAAACAGAUUAAACAUGUCUGUCUUUUUGUUGUGAUACUAAGCGAAGGCGCUUGAUCUGGAUCACUGUAUUUGUCGGAAUCUAUUGAAGGGUUACACUCGGUCUCUCUUGUUGUCAUUAAGGGUAAGGCGUACCAUGGGUUGUUACGGUAGUAUGUAAAAAGCGUGAUAGCAUCAAAAAAGCGACUCUAUAUGAGGAUCAGCCUCCUUCAGAGUUAAGAUGUGAAAUUACUUCC